AUGGAGGAACAAAAUCCGCCUGAAACGCUUCAAACCCUCCUUAAGUAUGAAAAAAGCCCUAAUCAAGCGCAAAGUUUUCUUAGUACGGUUUAUAGUUUUCUCUAUAUACUUGAUAUCAUAGUGGUAGUAGCAAUGUUUAAUAUUUGCUCCCUUAACCUAUUUGUAGCUCGUGUGGGCAAGAAUUUUAAGUGGCCCCUUUUGAUGCCAGAAUACUUAAGAAGCUAUGCCUUUGAAAACAUCGCUGACCUCGAGUUCAAAUUCGACGAUGAGAUUGGGUUCAACAUCAUAUUUUUCUACAAUUCACUUGAUAAUAACAAAUUUGUUGGUCAUGAAAACGAAUGGGUGACGGUGCACAAUCAGAAGGUAAUAGAGUAUGGACAAGAGUAUAACGAUGAUCAAUUAAAUAAAAUUCUGGAAAUUAUGCCUGGUGCUAUUCAACUCCCGGUUGACCAGACACGUCUACCACAAAGUAAGCCGGCGAAGAUGGUGAUUUUUCAGAGUAUUAAUAGUGAUGACUACAAGGUUAGAGUUCGUAUCAGAAGGCCGGAUGAAAAUGAUAUAACCACUCUUCCGUAUGAUUUUUAUGACAAUAUGAAUAAUGACAAAAGGUAUACAUCCGUAGUCGAUACAGGUGCACCAGAAACCAUUUUGCCAUAUUAUGUUAAAAGAAUGCUUGGGAGUAAGGGGUGGAGUACGAUACCAAGAAGAGCUGGAGGUUAUGGUGCACCUGCGUUGCAAAUUCGUGCGUCCGCGAUGUUUGAGGUGUCUAUUGGCGAUGACAAUAAUUGGACAAAGUGGGUUAGAGCAAAAAUUCUGCUCUGGGAAAAAAAACCCGGUAAUAAAGUUGGAUAUGCUCUUAUCGGAAAUGAUAUUACCAACCAAUUAGCAUAUGUGCACGAAGUAGGAAAACCAAUCAAGUUUUUAGAUCGUCAAGAUGAACUUAAGCUCACCAAAUUUUUAAGGGAAUGUUCUUGA